AUGUCUUUACGAAAUUUAUUUUCUUGUUGCACAACUAGCAAUACUAAUAGUAAGAAUGGAAAAACUAAGAAUAAACAACAAGAUUGUGUUAAUAGAGAUAUUGGUACCAAUCAACAGCAUGAUUAUUGUAAUGAUCAUUUCAAAAAAGAAGAAAAUGCAGAUGUUGGAAAUGAUCGAAAUAAAUUAUUGCCAAGUUGUAAUCAUCACAAAAAGAAAUCAUUAAAUCAUACAAACCAUGCUGCACGACGAACCAUUAAAAAUUGUGAACAUGUAAUUGAUAAGCCACUUAAUAUUAACUCCAAUCUGAAGGCAUAUCGUAUUUAUGAAUCAAAUGAUGCAGGCAAUUAUGCCGUUUAUCGAUCUUCAUAUGAUAUCCAAAAUGCCAGAAUUGUACGACGUAAGAAUAAUCGUACAUCACAAAUGAAAACUAAUGAUUCAGAAGAAUUUUUUUCUUGUGAAGAAGAAUAA